AUGGCCAAAGACACUGUCUGGGAGGACUCGCUUCUGGGCAAGAGAGAAGACAAGGCCGUGGAGGGGCACCCAACAAGCGUUGCCGUCGACAACCCAUAUGCCUUCAUUGACGAGGAAAUCCGGCGGAAUAGGGGACGGCCAGAGGCCCCUGUGGAUGCCACCGAAAAUCUUGAGCUUCAGCUGGAGGCCCUGCAGGAAGUACUCAGACAGAAGAUAGACCAUUCCCUGGAAGCCGCGGAGGCAAGCGCGUCCCUGCUUAGCAAAGCCGUUCCUGAGGCCCUCACCUCAAUUGAAGAUUUGGCUACAGACACGCGAGCUUGUCAGGAGGCGGCAGAGCAGCUCCUCUCUAGCUUAGAGGCUCGAGGAGCAUCGCAGCAGGAAAGCCUUAGCGCUGUAUACGUCCUCCACGCCAUCAAGAAACAUUUUGAAGACUGCAGCAGGAUCGUCGCAGAGCUGCACCGGUGGCAUUUCAGCUUGAAGGACUCCGUGGAGGAGAAAAGCACUGAGGGUUUUGCUUGCGCUGUCGCCGCCUUUGAGCGGCUAGGGGCCCAGGAGAUCCUCUUGAAGGAGCUUCCCGCCUCCCUGAAGGCCCUCUUAGAGAAGGAAUGGCGCUCUUUGUGGGGGCAGACACCUGCAGGACUGGCUGAGGAUACCGAGGCACAAGAUGGAACCACCCUACCGCACGAACAGGCAGGCCUUCUUAAGGGUGUGGAGGCCUUUGACGGACCGGGGGCCUCUAGGGGGGCCCCCAGGAAUGAACCUCUCCAGCCCAGUGCACGCUUCGUCGCCGAACCCGAGGCUCUGAUGGCUUAUGCAGAGCGCUGGUCUUCGGCUGUGGAACAGACUGCGGGGUUCAUUAGGGCGGCUGCCGCCUCUGUGGGAACAGCAAGGAGGGCUUUCGAUUCUGCUUUUGCCGCAGAAGGGGACGGGCCCUGGAAUCCCAAGCACCGAGGCCUAUGGUUGUCUCUUCUUCUCGCCUCAAUGGGCGCUGGCGCUGAUGUGCCCCUGGAGGCACUCGAGCGCCUUCUGCUGCGGCAUGAACAACCGCAGCAGCGUCUGCAGCAGCAUCUGCUGCCUGAAACAGCAGGGCAGGAUGGCUUGGAGCUGGCUGAGCAGCUUAUGGAAGCCUACGAAGUGACAGCGACACUUAUCAGUGCAACCCCGGCCUUCGCAGAGACAGAAGCAACGGAGCCUCAUCUUUGGGAGAGCCUUCCUUGCGGUGAACUUCUCCACUAUUUCCUUCAUGUUCUCUUUUUCCCCCCUCUCUGCCCUUCCGACCCUGCCCUCUCGUCUUGCUUUGAUCGAAGUAUGUCUCCUUUCUCUUCCGCGCCUGCCCCUCUUGUGGUGGCUUGGCCACUGCUGGUUCUCCGCAUGCUAGCGAACAGUGCAACUGCAGCAGCAGCGGAGACGGCAACGCUCUCUCCUGCUAAAGCUGUCUGUCGGUUUCAGCGUGCUCGUGCCUGCUUCUGUCUUCCGUAUUUCCUUUUCUGUGCAAUUUGUUCGAACGUCUUGUUGCCUGUGGUGGCAUGUUCGCAGUUUUGCAGCUCGGUUGAAUUCCUUCCCCCUUCCCUCCUCUCGAUCUAUGGGGCUGGUAUCUCGCGCCGUCUGUCACCUGCCGCAGAAUCCCACCCCCAUGCAACAGCAAAGCGUCUAGCCCCCGCUCAGGCACUAGUGCAGAUGGAAGAGGAGAUUCAAGCAGCUGUGAGCCGCCUCUUGGAGUCCCUCGUCCCUGUAUGCGGGGGAGGCGGCAGAGCAGCCGGAGCGCCCUUUAUUGUUGCAGCAGCAGAUGCUGCACUUGUAGAGACACUCAAUGCCCUUAGCCCCCGCAUCAACACUUUCCACCACACCGUUGCGCUCAAGUUAUACACUUGUGGAAGGUAUAGAUAUUAUCGGGUAGACUUUGCUUCUGAUCGCCCAGUAGACUAUGGAUUGUGCUUCGCUUGGUACUCUAUAGCAUCUGCCUGCAAUCUCUUCUUAUAUGUAGAGUGGCAAGAUGGGCUCGUGGUAGCUUCACCGCGCACCAAGUCUACUCAAAGGCUACUGAAGAAGGAACAGUGGAAGAGCAGGAGGGGUUGCCUUGGAUUGAGCGCCCGUCCGCGGCUCGCUGAGGAAUCCUUGGCAAGUAGCGGGAAAAGUAGAGCCUUUUUGCAUCAGCUAAAAGGAUAA